GAAAAAUAAGCUCGAGAGGAAACCCGCCCUUUUCUUUGGAUCUCUCUCGCUCGCCACGAUCGGGGUUGAGGUUUAGGGUUUCGAUCUGAGGAGCUUCGUCCCACCGCCAUGGACCCGACCCCCGGUACCCCUCGAUGGAACCUGGACCGCCCCUUCCUCACCGGCCGGUUCCAUCAGGAAAUCAAAGCCCCAGCGCAGGCCGCGGGAUCGAGACUCUUCUCUAUGGAGUCCUUCAGUCGUGGUUCAGAUAAUGUCAUUGGAUCAUACCCAGUUUCGGUUCAGGAGCUUUUGGUCAUUGAUGACCUUCUGUCCGCUCUAGUGGGCAUCGAGGGGCGCUACAUUUCAAUUAAAAGAGUGAGGGGUAAGGCAGGCCAUGUUAUCUUUCAUAUAGAUCCGUCCAUGGACCUCGCACUGCAGGAAUUGACAGAGAGGAUUUUCCCUCUGUGUCAGAACUAUGUGUUGAUCAAUCACUUUGUGGAGUCCAAGUCACAUUUCAAAAGUGGUUUGGUUAACCAUGCAUUUGCUGCUGCAUUAAGAGCACUACUUCUGGAUUACCAGGCAAUGGUUGCACAACUGGAACAUCAGUUUCUCCUUGGAAGGCUCUCAGUUCAAGGAUUAUGGUUCUUUUGCCAGCCUAUGAUGGGAUCCUUGCAUGCUUUGUCAAUUGUGGUUGAGAAGGCUUCUUCCAACAAUUUCUCAGGUGCUACUACGCUUAACCUUUUGCAGAGUCAGGCCAAAGCAAUGGCAGGUGAUAAUGCAGUUCGAUCAUUGCUUGAGAAGAUGACACAACGUGCAAGUUCUGCAUACCUGGCAAUAUUAGAGAGGUGGGUAUAUGAGGGUGUUAUUGAUGACCCUUAUGGUGAAUUUUUUAUUGCUGAAAACAAAUCAUUGCAGAAGGAAAGUCUUACUCAGGAUUAUGAUACCAAGUAUUGGGUACAGCGUUAUAGCCUCAAAGAUGGUAUUCCCAGUUUCCUUGUCAGUGUUGCAGGGAUAAUCUUGACAACAGGAAAAUACUUGAAUGUCAUGAGGGAAUGUGGGCAUAAUGUUCAGGUACCUUUAUCAGAAAAUUCAAAGUUGACAAGCAUUGAGUCAAACCAUCAUUAUCUUGAAUGCAUCAAAUCUGCUUACGAUUUUGCAAGUGGUGAGCUCUUGAAUCUUAUCAAACAUAAGUAUGACCUCAUCGGAAAACUGCGGUCUAUGAAGCGCUACUUUCUUCUUGACCAGGGUGAUUAUUUGGUUCAUUUUAUGGAUAUUUCUCGAGAUGAGCUUGCUAAAAGACCUGAGGAAAUUUCUGUUGAGAAGCUGCAGUCACUUCUUGAUCUUGCUUUGCGUUCAACAGCUGCUGCUUCAGAUCCAUGUCACGAGGAGUUGACAUGUUGUGUGGAAAGAGUUUCAUUGCUCAAAAGACUAAGCACACUUAAAGAUUUGGAUUCCACUGAACCUUCAGAAGGUAAUAUACUUCCUGAUUCUGAUCCUCAGUCUGAGCUGUUCAGUAUCACUGGCUUGGAGACAUUCUGCCUUAGUUACAAGGUUCAAUGGCCAUUAUCACUAAUUAUUCCAAGAAAAGCUCUAACAAAAUACCAGUUGAUUUUCCGUCUCCUGUUCCACUGCAAACACGUAAACCGUCAACUUUGCAUGGCCUGGCAAGUACAUCAAGGGUUUCGUGCCAUCAACAUUCUUGGAACGGCCAUCCUCAGAUCUUCUAUUCUUUGUCGAAGCAUGAUUAAAUUUAUCAAUAGCCUUUUGCAUUAUUUAACUUUCGAGGUCCUUGAACCAAAUUGGCAUUUGAUGCAUGACAGACUUCAAACUGUGAAGAGUGUAGAUGAGGUAAUCCAAUUCCAUGACUUCUUCCUCCAGAAAUGUCUGAAAGAAUGCUUGCUUCUUUUACCUCAGGUUUUUAAGAAAAUUGAGAAGUUAAAAUCAGUUUGCCUUCAGUAUGCUGCUUCUAUCCAGCUGUUAGUGCCAUCAAUGUAUGUGCCGGAAGUAGCUAGCACAAAUGAUGGAACUGGUUCCUUUGGACUGGGAAGAUCUAAACCAUGGAGAUCUAAGAAUAAGAAUCGGCAAUUAAAACUUGCAGCUGAGAAUACCAUAAUAUGUGAUUCCAUCAUGAAAUUCGAAAAGGAGUUCAAUGAUGAGCUCCAGAGUUUAGUUCCCAUCCUAAGCAGCAGUUCACAAGCAGAACCAUACCUGACGCAUCUUGCCCAGUGUAUUCUUGGGUUGGGAAGCGAACAAUAGCUUCUUUGAAGUUCUCCUGUAGUGCCAUGCUGUUGCACCUUUUGUCAUGGUUGCUCCCCAGUGAUAACAUAUCUUGGCUUGGUUGGAAUUAUGUCAUGGUUCUGAGUUUGCAAGACAAGGGCUAAUUACUGCUGAGACAAUUUGAUGUCAUCGUAUGUUCUUGGUUCAGAGCUGUCAGAGUGAAGUACAAAAGAAAGGAACAAAAAUCCAGAAUCACUUGCAUUAGUUAAUGAGACAGAAAAAUUGGCUACGAGAGGGUUUAUUGCAAGUUCUCAUUGUAUUCUCGCUGUUUGAUAAAUUCCAUGCAGGAUAGAAUGUUGUAUUUAGCAAAGUAGCUUCUACGGUCUUAAAAGAUACAUUACAGUCCAGCAGAACCGAUUUUAGCAUCAAAUUAAAGUUACUGUAUUGUGAUUUGGGUGAUGAUGAUCUUAGUCAUCAUGGAAAUAGUUUCUCCACCUGUAUUGACUCUGCAAAGUUUUGCACUUUGAUUGCCUUUCUUUCUUA